CCGCAAAAAUUAGUAGCUAAAUUGUACAGUCAUUUAAGUCUUGAUACAUUUGUAAAGCCAAAAUCUUACGUCAUAGAACGGACUUUUGUCAUCACAAAAUCAAAAUCGGGCAGUCGAGAAAAAUACAUAGGAAUAUGUAGUCAGAGUAUUCCACUUAGAAAGUCAUUGAAAAAAUUUUUUGGACAAAGUAAUAAUUUUGAAAUUAUUACAACAUUUAUGUCAAAACUAAUG